AUGGUAUCAAGGUCUUGCUUCUGCAACAGUGUUUGUUCUGAUGCUCCUGCUUCAGUCCCACAAGAUCGUAUCAUCAUUGUUGGAAACCAACUUCCUAUUAAAUCACAUAGAAGCUCGACCGGUAAAUUGAAUUUUAGUUGGGACAAUGACUCACUUCUCUUACAGCUUAAAGAUGACGAUGUUUCUCAAAAAUUACUUGAGAAUUUCAAAUGUGUUCCUGCGUAUAUCCCACCUGAGCUAUUCACCAAAUACUAUCAUGGAUUCUGGCUUGAAUACUACGGUCGAACGGUUAGUAUCAAGAUUCUUCCUGUUGGGAUUCAUACCAGUCAGCUUCAGUCAAUUUUAAACCUCCCAGAGACUCAGACCAAAGUUGCUGAGCUAAGAGAUCAGUUCUUGGAUCAAAAGGUUCUUCUCGGUGUCGAUGAUAUGGACAUCUUCAAAGGAAUUAGUCUCACUCUUUUGGCAAUGGAACAACUUCUCACUCAACAUCCCGAGAAGAGAGGUCGAGUUGUGCUUGUCCAGAUAGCUAACCCUGCAAGAGGCCGUGGGAAAGAUGUUCAUGAGGUUCAGUGUGAAACCGAAGCAACGGUUAAAAGGAUCAACGAAAUGUUUGGAAGGCCUGGUUACCAACCUGUGGUUCUUAUCGAUAAAUCGCUUCAGUUCUUCGAGCGGAUCGCUUACUAUGUGAUUGCAGAGCCUUGUCUUGUUACAGCAGUAAGAGAUGGUAUGAAUCUUAUACCUUAUGAGUACAUUAUCUGCAGGCAAGGCAAUCCAGAACUCAACAAAACUAUAGGCUUGGAUCCUUCUGCUGCAAAGAAGGGUAUGCUCGUUGUUUCUGAGUUUAUCGGAUGUUCUCCUUCUUUCAGCGGCGCCAUUAGAGUGAAUCCAUGGAACAUUGAUGCAGUGACUGAAGCAAUGGCUUGUAAAGACCAUGCAAGGAAGAGGUGUUGGGGAAUAGGUUUUGGAGUUGUGGCGCUUGAUCCGAGUUUUAAAAAGCUUUCCAUUGAGCACAUUGUCUCGGCUUAUAAGAGGACCAAGAACCGAGCCAUUCUCUUGGAUUAUGAUGGCACAAUGGUGCAGCCAGGGUCCAUUAGGACAACACCAAGCCGUGAAACAAUCGAUAUCUUGAACAAGCUGUCUAAUGAUCCCAAGAACAUCGUGUUUCUCGUUACUUUAUAA